AUGGAAUCCCUCGACUCCCUCCGCCAUCUGAUACAAAAUCACCCGCUGAUCGACAACCACGCACACAAUCUGUUGAGGUGCGACGUGGCAGCUGACUACGAUAACUACCCGCUCGAGUCGAUCACCUCCGAGGCCCACGGUCGCGCCCUGGAGAAUGCUCGUACCGCCCUGCCAUUACUGCGUGCUGUGAACCAGCUUGGUGAGCUCUAUGGUACUUCCUGCGCCAACUGGGAUGACGUGCUCGCGGCGCAUACGCGCUGGGUCCAGGAGGACUACGACGGGCUGAUCCGUCGCAGUCUCCAAGGCACGCACACCCUCCUACUAGACGAUCUAUUGUCAGAUGAGGAUGUCGAGUCAUACGAAUGGCACGAUCAGUUCACAUCCUCGCCGACAAAGCGCAUCGUUCGCAUCGAGGCCGUCGCCGCCUCCCUGUUGCGCGAAAUCAUGAGUGCCGAGCGCAAACCUGGCGAGAGCGUGUGGAGCACAUUCCGCGCCAAGUUCCUUGACGCGCUUGACCACGCUAUGGAGGAUCCAGCCGUCGUUGGAUUCAAAUCCGUGAUCUGCUACCGCACCGGGCUAGACGUUGAUCCGUAUUCGCCGGAUGAAGAUCUGCUGACAGCCUCGCUUCACCGUACCCUUGAUUCAGGGACGAGAAAGUCGGGGUACCGAGUCGAGGAAAAGCCGCUGAAUGACUGGCUUGUUCAGCAGACUCUUAAGCUCAUCACGUUUCGGAAGCGAGCCGGCGUGGUGAAGCCGCUCCAAUUUCAUACUGGGUUGGGUGAUAAUGAUAUCAAUCUUGUCAAAGCCAACCCGGCUUACCUGCAGCCGCUCAUCAUUCAAUACCCCGAUGCGCCGAUUGUGCUGCUGCACUCUGCCUAUCCGUAUACAAGAGAUGCAGGAUAUCUCGCCUGUGUCUAUCCUAAUGUCUAUCUUGAUCUCGGUGAGGUAUUUCCGAUGGUGAGCCGUGAGGCCGAAGAGAAGAUAUUGCGUGAGAGCUUGGAGAUCACGCCGACCAACCGUCUACUUUGGAGUACGGAUGGGCAUUUCUUCCCAGAGACAUUUUGGUUGGCCAAUAAGCAGUUUCGGCAGGCCUUGGAGAUUGUUCUUGUUGACUAUGUCCAAAACGGCGACUAUAACAUUACACAGGCCAAGACGGUCGCUGCCGACAUUCUCUUUCAAAAUUCGAACAAGUUGUAUGGCUUAAAACAGACAGCACAGUAUACCCCUGGGACUGUUCAGGUGUUAUCCCAACUCAGCGCCACCCAAGUUUCCCGGGUGUCAGAUCCACUAGAUGCGUUUCUUCAGACCAACCCCGACAUUGAGUAUAUCUGGAUGCAGUGGAUCGACUAUACAGCCACGACCCGGGUCCGUAUACUCCCGCUUCGGGAAUUUAUUCGCAUUGCCAGAAAGGACCGGCGCAUUGGCAUCACGCUAGCAGUACAGUGGAUGCUGCAAGAUGACACUCUUACUCCCGAAGGAACUACAACUGGGCAAUUCUACAUGGAGCCAGAUCUUUCCAGCCUCUACCGUAAUGGAAGCCUGGCAGCUUCAGCCGCUCCUAGCGCGACUGUUAUGAGCUUCUGGCAAUCAGAAGAGGGUAAGCCCCUCGAUGGCUGUCCUCGGACUAGUCUUCAAAAGAUUGUUGGGACACUACACAGACAGCACAGUAUCGACAUUCUCUGCGGCUUCGAGAUUGAGGUCGUGUUCCUCAAGCCAAUCAUAAGCCAACAAACUGGCAAAGUAACAGGCUAUGCGCCCGCAACGAAAAACCAUUCCUGGUCUCAAAUGACCGCUGACAUACGGAAAAUGAUCCCAAUUUUGGAUGAAAUUAACCGGGUGCUGGCGUCCGUGGAUAUUCACUUACAACAAUUCCACGCUGAGUCCGCGCCCGGACAAUUCGAAUUCAUUCUCCCACCCGUAAACCCCCUCGCUGCUAUCGAUACACUCAUCGCCACCCGGCAAGUCAUCACGGCCGUGGCCGAGCGGCACGGCCUUCGCGCGACUCUGCACCCACGUCCCUUCCCGAACGGAGCAGGGAGUGCUGCGCACGCUCACGUUUCCAUAACUCCGGCCGCACGCGAAGAUGCAUUCCUAGCCGGUGUUUUGAAACACUAUCCUUCCAUCGUUGCCUUCACAUUGUCCCAGGACGCAAGUUACGAGCGCGUGCGCUCGGGUAUCUGGUCUGGAUCCGAGUGGGUUGCAUGGGGAUUCCAGAACCGCGAGGCGCCCGUGCGUAAAAUUGGCCCCGGUCACUGGGAGUUCAAGUCUGUUGACGGCGUUGCUAAUCCCUACCUUGCUGUGGCUGCGUUACUUGCUGGUGGGUUGAUUGGCCUGGAAGAGAAUUUGUCCCUGGCUAUGAAGGAAUGUACCGGUAAGAUUUGCACCACACAAGCCACCUUCGAAGGCAUCUUUUACGAUUGGUUAAUAAUAUUCUUCACAGUGGAUGCUUCGGACUUAACUUCUGCUCAGCGAUCUAGGCUUGGGAUUACGACCCCACUUCCUCAGUCUCUGGCCCAGAGUAUGACUGCUCUUUCUGAGAACGAAAAGCUGCAAAGCGUUUUGGGCAAGGAACUCGUGCAGAAUUACCUUAGUGUCAAACGUGCGGAAUCGAAGCGCAUACAGGGCAUGGUUGACGAGGAGCGUCGGUUAUGGCUGCUGGAACGCUAUUAA